AUCUGGAGGAGUGCUGGCCGGCUGGGGAGGUGGAGGACGGGGAGAGAAGAGGAAGGAGGCUCCGGGAGCGAACGAAAACGAAAAGGGUCAGGCCUGGGACUUGGCAAAACGGGAGAGUCAGCUAACAGAGGGAUCACCGGGUCAUUUUAUUUUUGGUUCCUUUGAUUUGAUUUAGAUCUGAAGCUUCUCAUAUUUUCACCCAUCUAUACAUCUAAGACUCCUGGCAAUGCCGUCCAACACUGUUGCCACUGCCAACGUCGCAUUCAACACCUCUGACUAUUGUGAAGCACCUGGAAACAGAAUGAGCGAGAGCACAAUGGCGGAGGAGAAGCCAGCCAGAAGUAACCCUGCCUGUAAGGACAUUAAGCCAGGAAGGAAACGCAAGGCUCUCUCACAGGGUGAGGGCUGUGGCUCUCAGAACCAGGAGACCGCAAGCGGGGCGGAACGUCCGUCGGCGGCGCAGGUCCACAACGGAACAGCGGGUGGUCGCGGGGAAGGGAAGGCUGGCGCUCGCUGUCCCAGGCAGGAGCGGCCGCCUCCGGAGCUCGGGAUCCCAGCAACAGAGCCUGCCAACGGGCCGGAGGACCAGAGGGUGAGCCGCCCCCAGGAGAACGGACACCCAGCAGGCCAGGAGCAGCAGCAGGCCCCAGAGAAGGACCAGGACCAUACGCUGCCCAGCCCACACAGGAAACGAGGGAGACGGAAACUGGAGCGCCCCACUAAAUAUGUGGAGCAGAACGAGGAAGACGGUCGAGACGCUGUCAAGAAUGAGGGGGACCGCGGGAGGCUACGAAGGGGAGAGGGCCGGGAGGUCAGCCUGCGGCAGAGGCCCGUUCCCAGGGUCACUUUCCAGGCUGGCGACCCCUACUACAUUAGCAAGAGGACCAGAGAGGAGUGGCUGGCCAAGUGGAAGAUGGAGGCAGAGAAGAAGGCCAAAUUGUCAGUGAUGAAUGCUAUGGAGGACCAUGAGGAAGUGGAGGCCCAGGAGCCCCAGAAGGACGAGGUGCCAGUAAUCACACAACCUCUGAACCCCCAGCCGCCAAAACAGGCUCAACAGCCUCAUCAACAGCCACAACAACAACAGCCACAACAGCAACAGUCACAACAGCCACAACAACAGCCACAACAUCAGCCACAACAACAGCCACAACAACAGCCACCACAGCAGCAACAACAACAGCCACCACAACAGCAACAACAGCCACAACAACAGCCCACUGACCCAGCCUCACCCACCAUAGCCACCACCCCUGAGCCUGUGGCCAUCGGAGGAGAAGACAAGACAUCCCCCAAGUCUGCAGACACGGAACCAGAGUAUGAGGAUGGGCGAGGUUUCAGCAUCGGGGAGCUAGUCUGGGGGAAGCUGCGUGGGUUCUCCUGGUGGCCCGGGCGCAUCGUGUCCUGGUGGAUGACCGGACGCAGCCGUGCAGCUGAGGGAACCAGAUGGGUCAUGUGGUUUGGUGACGGCAAAUUCUCAGUGGUCUGUGUGGAGAAACUGAUGCCGUUGAGUUCCUUCUGCAACGCCUUUCACCAGCCAACCUACAACAAGCAGCCCAUGUACAAGAAAGCCAUCUACGAAGUUCUUCAAGUGGCGAGCACCCGAGCAGGCAAAGCCUUCCUGGCUUGCUCUGACAGCGACGAGACGGACACCUCCAAAUCAGUGGACAUGCAGAACAAGCAGAUGAUUGAGUGGGCCAUGACUGGGUUCAAGCCCACAGGCCCCAAAGGCUUAGAGCCCCCCGAAGAGGAACGCAACCCAUAUAAGGAGGUGUACCCUGAGAUGUGGGUGGAGCCAGAGGCAGCGUCCUACACGCCCCCUCCUGCCAAAAAGCCUCGCAAAAGCACAGUGGAGAAGCCCAAGGUCAAGGACAUGAUUGACGAGAGGACGAGAGAGCGACUCGUGUCUGAAGUGAGACAGAAGUGCAGGAACAUCGAGGACAUCUGCAUCUCCUGUGGAAGUCUCAGUGUUUCCCUGGAGCACCCUCUCUUCGCUGGGGGAAUGUGCCAAAGCUGCAAGAACUGCUUCUUGGAGUGUGCGUACCAGUAUGACGACGAUGGCUACCAGUCCUACUGCACCAUCUGCUGUGGAGGGAGGGAGGUGCUCAUGUGUGGCAACAACAACUGCUGCAGGUGUUUCUGUGUGGAGUGUGUGGACCUCCUGGUGGGGCCGGGAGCAGCUCACGCUGCUAUAAAGGAGGACCCGUGGAACUGCUACAUGUGUGGGCAGAAGGGCGUGUUCGGGCUGCUGGAACGCCGGGCCGACUGGCCCUGCCACCUCCAGCACUUCUUUGCCAACAACCACGACCAAGAUUUUGAGCCACCUAAGCUGUACACCCCGGUCAUGGCAGACAAGAGGCAGCCCAUACGGGUGCUGUCGCUGUUUGAUGGCAUAGCAACAGGGCUGCUGGUGCUGAGGGAGCUGGGCAUCCAAGUAGAGCGCUACGUGGCGUCGGAGGUGUGCGAGGACUCCAUCACGGUGGGCAUUGUGCAGCAUCAGGAGCACAUCAUGUAUGUGGGCGACGUGAGGAGCGUCACCCGUAAACACAUACAGGAAUGGGGUCCGUUUGACUUGGUGAUCGGCGGAAGCCCUUGCAAUGAUCUCUCCAUCGUCAACCCUGCUAGGAAGGGCCUUUACGAGGGCACUGGUCGUCUGUUUUUUGAAUUCUACCGGCUGCUUCACGAGGCUCGGCCGAAAGAGGGCGACAGCCGUCCCUUCUUCUGGCUGUUUGAGAAUGUGGUGGCCAUGGGCGUGAGCGACAAAAGGGACAUCUCUCGCUUCUUAGAGUGCAACCCAGUGAUGAUCGACGCCAAGGAGGUGUCGGCGGCUCACCGCGCUCGCUACUUCUGGGGAAACCUUCCUGGCAUGAACAGGUUGGUGAGAGAACGACCCCUCUCGGCCAUGUGUACCGACAAACUGGACCUCCAGGACUGUUUGGAGCAUGGGAGGACAGCUAAGUUUGGCAAAGUGAGGACUAUCACAACUCGCUCUAACUCUACAAAGCAAGGCAAGGACCAGCACUUACCAGUCUUCAUGAAUGAGAAGGAGGACAUCCUCUGGUGCACUGAGAUGGAGAGAGUCUUUGGGUUUCCUGUCCACUACACUGAUGUAUCCAACAUGAGCCGACUGGCCAGGCAAAGGCUUCUGGGAAGGUCAUGGAGCGUGCCUGUCAUCCGCCACUUGUUCGCACCGCUCAAAGAUUACUUUGCCUGUGUUUAGAUGUUGGGAAGAAUAGUCUGAACCUUCACAACAUUUUACUGAUGUUCUACCCACAAACCAGAGCCUUGAGAUUAUACACACAAGUAUAAUUCACAAGUAGAAAUUUCACAUUAUUUCCUGUAUUUGAAAUGUAAUUCCUAUUCUAUUUAAUUUUAUAUGUCAUUUUACCUUUUAGCAGUGUUAUCCAGUAUUUUUUUAUUGAUUUAUUUGUGCAAGCUAUACUUGAGACAAGGCUUUCUUCUCAAGGCACUGAGAAAGAUGAAAACACAAUCUGUGCGUUUUAAAAAUACUACGUUUGUCUGGCAAAUAUCUGAAAGAUAAGGAUUUUUAAGAUAUAUACUGUACGUGGAAUAUUCUGGCUAUGACAGCAUGAGGUGAGCUAUGAAUUCCACCAAUAAUGUAGCAACCUUCUGUUUCCUCCAGCUACUGAGCCGAGAGGUGAGAAGGGUUUGUUUUUAUCAGUCUCAAGAAAGCUGUGUCUUAAUGAAUCCAAAAUCCACCAGAUCACAUAUACCUCUUUGUUUACAGUUUAUUUACACAAACUGAAGGUGAAAAAGGUACUACUGUAAAAUGGUUACAAUACCAUGGUGCUCCAAGAUGAUGAGAACAUCAUAGCCCAUGUGGCACGACAAUUUAGACAAGAUGGCACCUAGAAACCGUUGCCUGAAAACAUUUAUUUUUAUUUCAGUGUGAUGUUCUCACACUGUGAAAAAUGUUAUGUGCGAUAUUUAAUUCCUUAAAAAGUUGAGAAAUGACGAUUGAGUGUUGACUGAAAGAGUAUGCCAUAUCCUCUUUUCUAUGUUUUACAGCUUUUACUAAAAAAGCUGUACUGGUGCUUUUAAUCAUUCAGCCUUUCCACCCUCAGGCCCACAUCCUGUGUGAUGCACAAACAGAACAGGAAGCUAGCCACAUGGGCAGUGGUGUUUUCUGUCAUUCAAAAAAAAAAAACACAAAAAAAAAACCUCUGUGAUCAACGUUUGGGGUGAACUACUACUUUCUAGGUUCAUCCUGACCUCUGUCAUUACUGUACAACUCUUAGCAGGUGCUCUAGGUGACGGGAGCUUGACUUGGUGUCUCAGAAACCAGGUUAACUCCCUCACCUUUGACCCCUGCAAGCAAUGAAACUGUCAGGUGCAAAUAUUCAACAAUAAUGGUGCGGCUUCACAAUGUUCUUCUACUUUUUUAUAGCAAUUUUGUGCUGUUUUACCAACAUUAUAAGGCACUUUUAUAUGUAAACUUACUUUUUUCUUUGGUAUUUUAUGAAUUGUUUGUAAUUUUAUUUGUUUUGCUUUGUUUUAUGAUGUGAAUUGUUCUACCCUUGUGUAAUACUUUUUGUAUACAGUAGGGCUGUGCCAAUAGAAGUUAAAGGGUGGAUUUUGGUGAUGAGUGAAAUCCAUGUAUCUGAUUCUUCAUGUACUGUAGAUGGAUUGCAAUUAUCUCCCAUUCCCAUAUUGUCUUCUGCUAAAGUAGUGACCCGGUGUAUCAUUCUCCAGAAUGAAAGAAUGUCUCUAUUUCUUCUAUGAUGUGAUUGUAGGACGUAAAACAGAAUCAAGGAACUAUAUGAUGUGUUUGUACUGUAUUUUACGACCAACAGAGAGACAUGCUGUCCUCUGUGGUCCCCACCCCUGACUCCCAUCCCCUGUAAAUCCCAAAUAGUUUAUUUUAGACUAAUUCAAGCAUUACGGAAUCCUAUAAUGGAUUACAUUUCAAAUCUGAAUUCUCUUGAUUGUAACCCUAAUGUGGAGUUUGGAGGAUUUAGGCGCAAGUUUGUCAGAACCCAAAACUGACGUCGCAGUUAGCGAGAUGUUAUCAUUACUCUGAAAAAAAACUAAGAUGAUGACAAAAAAUAUAUAUAAAUUCUCUAAAUAGUCUAUAUCAUAUUUAAGAAUUUAAACAAAUAACCUUAUUAAUGGAAUAAAAUUUCAUUUAUAAUUAAGUUCUUAAGUGACCUUAUUGCCACAGGUUUUGUCCACCCUUGUACUGGAUAGAUGAAUGCCUGUGCAUUUUGAGCAGUUCUUCAUUUCCCCUCCCUAAAGUACUUGCCAUCCCAAAUAUUUUGUACAUUAUGUACAUAGAUUUUUCCUGUUGCUGUUUUCAAUUUGUUUUUAUCUUUUUUUAUUAUUACGUAUGAGAUGUACAAAUAUCAUUCUUUGCUAAUAUAUAUCAUGGAAUUAGAGGCACUUAGAUGAAAAAAACAAACAAUAAAUUUAAUAAUUGAUCGAUUUGAAUCGCAAAAAAAUUCAAUGCAUUUUAUUUGAGACUUAAAGCCUGCAUUUUAGUACUGUUCAUUUUGUUUAUAAUUGAGUGACAAGUGAAUCCAGAUGAAAAUUGUCAGAUGAUCUUAGCCUAACAGCUUUAAGAAAGAUGCGCUCAACUUCACUGCACAGCCCUACAUAGUGUUGUUCAUUCUUCUGUUUCUUUGUAAGAACAAGAUGGAUUGUAGGUGUUUCUGACGGUGCUAAAAGUUUUAUCUAAUCAAGAAAAAUAUAUUUGUUUGGAAGAGAAAUAAACUUUUCUUGACAAUGACUGUUUUUAAGUUCCUUGUAGUAAUGGAAAGCACUAUUAUUUCACGCUUAUAUAUAUAUAUUAACAAAGGCAUUUUAACUUUGUACUUGAAAAAGAUUAUGAGAAUAAAUCAAGUUUCCUAUAUUGUUUUAGAAUAGAAGUUGCUGUAGUUGGUGAUUAUCUGUGGGAAACCCAUGUACUUAUAAUGGGAAAUAUCAAGACAAAAAAGAAAGACAAAAAAAACUUUGGGUAAUGACUUUUACUGUAGCAUAAUGUAUGCUUAAUUCCUGACAGGUUCUUAAUCCUACAUGUGGAAUCACAUGUCACAUCACAAUCACAUCAUCCUCAGUGUGGGUUUCCAGUUGUUGUCUUGAUUUUGAUGCUUUGUUAUGAUUGGGCAGCAACAACACAUUUCACUGUUCAACCAGGUCAGCUCUAUAUCCAGUAUCUCUGCUGACACUCUGUGUGACUUAUUUUGUGUCAUCAUUGUUAAUGGCCUAUAUUUCUCUUCUUCAGACCAGUGCAUACAGCAAAUGUAGCAGUCAUUCUCCAGCCCAUACUUACCAGUAUGUUUAGUGCCCAGAGAGAGAAAAUUAAGACUCCUUAUGUACUUGUGCUGGAGAACACUUGAAUAAAUGUAUUGUUUUUGUGCAAAA